UUAUUCAGGAAUUUGGAGAAUGCCGGGUUUAAUCGCGGUUAGUGAAUUUGUGGAGGAGACGAGGGAGGACUACAAUUCACCAACUACUUCGACCUUUGUGUCGCGAAUGCCACAAUGCAGACAGACCAUUACAGCACUAGAAGAGACUCUGGAUUUUGACAGGGAGGGAUUGACGAAACUCAAGAAGGCGAUCAAGGCCAUACACAAUUCAGGAAAUGCACACGUGGAUAACGAGGUCUACCUGGGGAGAGCCCUGGAGAGGCUUGGAGAUGCUGCCCUCAAGGAGCAGGAGCCGGAUAUUGGCGCAGCAUUUCUCAAGUUUGCUGUUGUCACGAAAGAACUCAGUGCCCUCAUGAAAACCUUAAUGCAAAAUAUCAACAAUAUCGUGAUGUUUCCCCUCGAUUCGGUGCUGAAAGGGGACUUGAGAGGGGUUAAAGGGGACUUGAAGAGGCCAUUUGAAAAAGCUUGGAAGGAUUACGAGGCUAAGUACGCAAAGAUUGAGAAAGAGAAGAAGCAACAUGCAAAAGAGGCUGGUCUUAUACGAACGGAAGUCACACCUGCUGAGAUUGCAGACGAAAUGGAAAAAGAGAGACGGUUAUUUCAAUUGCAAAUGUGCGAGUAUCUCAUCAAAGUUAAUGAAAUCAAAACGAAGAAGGGGAUUGAGUUACUGCAGCAUCUCGUUGAAUAUUAUCAUGCACAAACGAAUUAUUUUCAAGACGGUUUAAAAACGAUUGAGCAUUUUGGCUCGUACAUCGCAGACCUGAGUAUCAAACUCCAAAAGAUUCGUCAGACGCAAGACGAAGAGCGUCGACGGCUGACAGAACUCCGGAGUCUUCUCCGUAGUUCUGGCUGUGACAAAGAGCUCACGACAAAUGCCUCAGCUGGUUAUUCCCUCCACCAGCUGCAAGGGGACAAGCAACACGGUGUAACACGAUCAGGUCAUCUAUUGAAGAAGAGCGAGGGAAAAAUGCGUCGAGUGUGGCAGAAACGCCGCUGCGCGGUCCAAGCAGAGGGAUACCUGGAUAUCUGUCACGCGGAUGAGAACAAGCCACCGACAAGAGUCAAUCUCCUAACAUGCCAAAUAAAACUAGUCCCCGAUGAUAAGCGUGGCUUCGAUCUCAUCAGUUACAACCGAACUUAUCAUUUCCAAGCGGAGGAUGAGGCAGACCAGCGAGCCUGGAUGUCAGUCCUAGUAAACUGCAAGGAGAGAGCCCUUUUGCGAGCCUUCGAUGCCAGUGGAAAGGCUGAUGCAGGCCAGGGUAAUCCGAGCCUCGUUGAGCUCCAACAGGCUGUUAUCAGGUGCGUCAUGAGACUCCCAGGGAAUGACCAGUGCUGUGACUGCUCCUCGCAAAAUGACGCAACGUGGCUGUCAACUAAUUUUGGCAUAAUCGUCUGCAUUGAGUGCAGCGGAAUUCACAGGGAUCUUGGAGUUCACAUCUCCAGGAUUCAAUCAUUAACCCUCGACAAUGUUGGUACUGCACAAUUAUUGCUAGCGAGAUACAUGACUAAUCAAUGUUUCAAUGAAGUCAUGGAAGCGACACUUCAUCAUAAUCUCAAGCCAUCACCAUCCUCCUCGAUGGAGGAAAGAUAUGAAUUCAUUAGAGCUAAAUAUGUUGACAAGCGAUACGUUAUGAAUACCUGUGCUGAUGAACGGGAUCUACUCUCUGAUUUGGAACACGCGGUUAAUAAUAGGGAUCUUCAGCAGCUGCUCCAGGUCUUCGCUGAGAAUGUCGAUCUUGCAGCACCUCUACCCACUUCUGACCUUGGAGAAACUGCUCUGCAUUUGGCUAUUCUGAGGGAAAUGGGGGGCAGUCUACAUCUAGUCGAUUUUCUGGUACAAAAUAUGCAGAGUGGAGGGGUUGAUAGGAUUACAGUCGAUGGGGAAACAGCUCUACAUUUUGCUGCGAGGCAUGACAGAGCUGAGGCUAUGAAAUUACUGUUGAGGGCUGGGGCUGAUCCUACAGUGAGAAAUAAACAGGAUAAGACACCAUCCGACAUUGCACAGGAGAUGGGACACCAUACGUGCAAGGAUUUAUUGAGUCAUGCACUUCAGAAGCAGAAGACCCAGUUUGAUAACGUGAAUAUUGACUGGAAUUUAUCCCAUGAUGAAGGAUCAACAGAUUUUUCGGAUGAUGAGACGAUUAUUGAGGAUCGAAAUGGAUGCUUAACACCGGAAAAAAAAUCGCGAAGUAGACCGCCUUCGUAUGCAGGUGGAGGUGGCUCUGGCCCCGGAGACUCACCAGUAACUCUGAGAAGUCGAAGCAGUACCUGUGAUAGUCUCCAAAGUGGUUCAUCUCCAAACUCAGUGACAAGUAGACAGCAAAUGCCACCACCUCCACCACCUCAAGCAAGAAAACCCAUAAUAGUGUCCAGUCCAAUGGGUCCUCCGGACAUGGCAUUGAAUAUUCACGGAUCACUGAAAAAGAGAGUUGCACCACCUCCUCCACCUGGUACUGGUGGAGGAGGAAUGUUAACAGCGCAUUAUGGAACUUUACCGACUAGUGUCAGCUUAGCCAACUCGUCGCACAGUAGAACAACCAGUGAACCCAUUUUGGCUGGUCAUUCCUUGCACAGUUUACCACAUUCUUUGAAUACUUUGAAUAAUCUCCAUCAUAAGAGGUCGCCUAGUAGUGAUUCAUCGACUGGACAUGGAACUUUAGACAAAUCAAAUACGUCAACUCUUCAAAGGCCAAGGAAUCCUCCUCCUCCAGCUCCCUCCAUCGCCUCGUCAUCGAGAAUGAGUAAUGGUCGCAGCAGUGAAUCUCUCAGUUCAAUGUGUUCAGAACAUGGAAUUGGUAAUCCUGUACCUCCCCCCAGAAAGCGAAGGGAACGAUCCAGGUUAGAAAGCUACGCCGAGGAGCCCUCAUCUUUGCUCCCCAAUAUGAAUCCGCCUACGUCAUCGAGCUUGAACGGAUUGCGUCGCUGUCGUGCACUUUAUGACUGCGAAGCUGACAACGAGGACGAGCUUUCAUUUCGCGAGGGUGAAGUUAUAAUCGUAACGAAUGAACAAACAGACGAUGAUAAUUGGAUGGAAGGGGCCCUAGAGCGUUCACCGGAGCGACGAGGAAUGUUUCCGAUAAGUUUUGUUCACAUGCUUCAGGAUUAACACGCAGUUAGUCUCAACUCAUUAGCGACAAUUUCUAAUUCACCUAGCACUUUGAGUGUGACCAGUCUCAACAAGAGUUAUGAGAAUUAAUUGAAAUAUUUACACCUUAUUAAGCAAACGCAACCAAUAGUGAUGUGGAGGGUUUAACGAGAGGAGUGGAAUAUAUUUUCGUGUUACGCAAUUUUAUUGAGCAUGAGUGAUGAGAGAAGAAAAUGUUAAGAGGUAUCUCUUGUGUGCCCGCUUGGUACUUUUUUAUGGUAAUGAUUCCUCAAUUAUUACUCGAUUAAUGGAAAUUCUAUUGAUCUACCUCGGUUAAACCCUUCUCAUUUGAAUUUAUCGGUUUUUUUUUUUUGAAAGUCAUUUUCAACGUUUGAUCCCCUGUUUGGCCCGAGUACUUUCCGAUAAUUGAGCACGUAAAUGUGAUAUUUCCUAUUCUAUUCAUCCCUAAAUAAAAAAUGUACCUUCAAAAAGUACUGAUCCUAGAGUAACGUCAAGCCAUGUUGUACCUAGUGCGAUUAAGACUUUCUUCUUCAAUUGAAAUGCAUGAAAAUCGAAUGAUAGAAAUUUUCGGAGAUGCUUAGCACUAAGUAUCAUUCAGUGUCUCUUAUUCUAGAGUAUUUUUCGAGUAACUCGUAAAUUCGUUGAUGGAGAGAAGUUAUCAAAUUAGAUAGAUCUAUAUUUCCUCGAUCGUUGAGCGUACGAAAAAUCUAUUAUGUAUUAAUGCAUGACACGAUGAGUAUUACUAGAAUAUCUAUAAAAAAAAAAUUCAAAAACUGAUGGAAAAUUAAUCGAGUCUGUAUCUGACUGAUGAUAAAUAGGAGACGAGUGUACGGUAAUUUGUGUUGAUUUCACAAUUACUCUCAAGUCUAAAAUUUGACGUUUUUCAAAAAAUUUUCAAAUUUUUUUCAGUUGCAGAAAUAUUUGAAGAAAAUAUCUGCAAUUGCAAUUUUUUUUUCAUCUCCUGCUUAUCAUUCUGCUACAGAAGUAAAAAUAUACACUGAAAAAAUUCAUUUUUUUAAUGUAACGCCAUAAUAUCUAGUUUUCAAAGAUAGAAAAUAUAUGAUCCUAGAAAUAUACGAUAUGAAAAUAAAUAAAACAUUAAAUAAAAUUAAAGUACAUCUCAAUAUUCAUUAGUAAUUAGAAAUUUGAAUGAA